AUGAUGGAGUCGCGGGUGAAAAAACUUGCCGUGACGCUGAUGGAUGCCACCACUGAUAAGGAUCCAUUAGUCCAAGAACAGAUCUACAAUGCUCUGUGCUACUUGGGAGAGAGCGAGCCUGAGGAGAUCCUAAACUCUUGUGAUGAAUAUCUGCGGCAGCAUGACAAGCUGGCUUACCCCCACCGGAUAAUAAUUCUGAAGGCGAUGGAAGCGGUGCUGAAGAAUAACAUUGAUUAUCUGGACAAAAGCACGGCCAAGAUCGUUAUCUUUCUGGCAUCCAAUGAAAUGACCAAGUCAAAGGAAAUCAUUUAUGACUGGCAGCAGGCAGCAAGCAAUGUCCUGGUUGCUGCGGGGGGGCGUUUUAUCAACAAAGUGAUGGAGGAGGUGCUGACCAAAUUUCAGCCGGGGAUCCUGCCUCAUUAUUUCAUCAUGCAGACUUUCGCAAACCUCUCUGUGUCAAACGUGUUUGGGAUGGUGCCUUUCUUAAAUUCCAUCCUUGGGACCAUGCUGCCAAUGCUGGGAAUGGCCAAACAGGACCACAUGAAGUCUGUGUUUUGCUAUGCUCUGCAGCAUUUCAGUGAGAGCAUCCAGGAAUACCUGGCGAACUUGGAUAAAGCGCCUGACCCCACUGUAAGGAAAGACACCUUCUCCAAUGAGAUCUUCAACGCCUACGAUGUGCUCUUCAACAUCUGGCUGCAGAGCCGGGAGGCCAAGCUGAGACUCGCCGUCGUGAAGGCUCUUGGGCCCAUGAGUCACCUGAUGCCCAGCGAAAAGCUCGAGGAGCAGCUCCCGAGACUGGUGCCGGGAAUUCUCGCUCUCUACAAGAAGCAUGUGGAGGCCUUUUAUGUGACCAAGAGCUUGUGCCAGAUUCUUGAGGCUUCCGUCAACUUUGGCAGCCGCACUCUGGACACGCAGCUUGAUGCCCUUCUGAGCACCCUGCAUCCCCAGAUUUGUGCCCCGGUGGAGUCCUCCGUCCCCCUGAGUUUAAAAAACCACAACGAGGUCCUUCGAUGCUUCACUGUCCUUGCCUGUACGUUUCCUGAUCGCUUGCUUGGCUUCCUACUCCCAAAGCUGGAGAACCACCAUGAGAGGAUACGGGUGGGGACGCUGAUCAUCAUGAGGCAAAUUAUCAACUGUGCCCCCUCUCAGAUGGAGAUUAAAAAGCCCUUUAUUCUUUCUUCUAUGAAACUUCCUCUGCAGGACAGCAGUAAUAAGGUGAAACGGGCCGUGGUGCAGGUGAUCAGCGCAAUGGCUCACCAUGGCUAUCUGGAACAGGCAGGUGGGGAAGUCAUGAUCGAGUACAUCAUCCACCAGUGUGCCCUUCCUCCUGACACGCACCCCGGGAAGCAGACGCCGGAAGCUGACGACCUAACCAGCGACAGCGUCCAGAACAUCAGCGUCCGUACGCUCUUCCUCAUCAGCACCACUGUCGACAGGAUGGACGAGGUUCUCUGGCCGUAUCUCUUGGAGUUCGUGACCCCCAUAGAGUUUACCGGUGCCCUGACUCCCCUCUGCAGGAGCCUAAUGCACCUGGCUACGAAGAGACAAGAGGAGGGAGAGACUACCUUCCUCAUCCACUACGACACACAUGCAAACCUGCCAUCACCGUGUGCUCUAAUGGCGAGGCUGCUGACUGUGUCUUCACAGCCCUAUUUAGGGGAUGGUCGGGGGGCAGCUGCUCUGCGUCUGCUGAAUGUAUUGCACCUUAAUAUCCAUCCCAUGCUGGGCAAGCUGUGGAAUAAGAAGAUUCCCCCCUUAGUGGAGCACUUGGAAGCAAACACGGAGAAAUCCCUGUCGUCGAAGGAGUGGGAAGACAAGCUGCUUCUGCUCCUCCGGGAGACGCUGACGGCGAUUUCUGACAACGCCUGGAUUUGUCAGUUCAGCACAGAAAUGUGCAAGCAGCUGAACAGCUACAACGGCUUUCCCUCCGAGAAGAACUUCCUGUACAAGUGCAUUGGGACGGCGCUUGGGGUCUGUUCAAACAAGGAAGUGGUGCAAAAGCAGCUUCAAGAGCUGCUUGAAACAGCCAGGUACCAGGAGGAAGCAGAAAGGGAGGGACUUGCCUCCUGCUUUGGGAUCUGUGCAAUAAACCACCUGGACGAAACCCUGGCCAAGCUAGAAGACUUCGUCAAAUCCGACGUCUUCAAAAAAUCAGUGGGACUGUUCAGUAUCUUCAAGGACCGCAGUGAUAACGAAGCGGAGAAGAUAAAGAGCACCUUGAUCCUAUGCUAUGGCUACGUAGCGAGGUAUGCCCCCAAAGAGCUCGUGCUGUCCAGAAUCGAAGCUGACAUUCUCAGGAACGUCUUCCACUACUUUAACACCAGGGUUCUGGGAAUAAAGGUAGAAACCAAGGAUUUGAUGCUGAAACUGUGCCUCAUUCGGAGCAUUUGCAUGAUCAGCCAGGCCAUUUCGAGCAGCGCGCAGUCCGGCGCUUUCGUCUUCUCCCGCAAAGCCGAGCUCCUAGCUCAGAUGCUGGAGUUUAUCAAGACAGAACCUCUGGAUUUGCUGAGAACUCCUAUUCGCCAGAGAGCCAUGAUCUCCUGCACAUACCUGGUCAUACUGGAGCCUCCCCUGAGUGAGCCAGAUCACGUCGAACUGAUUGAUACCUGCCUGAGCAGCGUACUGGCCCUUCCUCCGCUGGAUGUCCUGAAGGAGAGAGAUGGGCACGUGCCAGACGCCUUGCAUAAGGAGACACUCUACCACGACACCGUCAGUGCCCUUAAGGACCUGCUGAAGAGCGUGCUGCAGAAGGACCUGACUCCCCGUGGACUGCAGAGCAUGUUUGAGCAUCUAGGCCCAUGGAUCAGGUCGAGCAAAGAGCACGAACGUGAGCGAGCGGUGGAGGUCAGUGCCACGCUGCUGGAGUUCUACCGGGACAAACUGAAUGUCAGUACUGUGGUGCCCUUCUAUAACCUCGGGGUGCUGGUUGCACUGUUCUCCCCCCGGUGUUCAGACUCCCUUGCCAGCAUUCGCCUGCAUGCUGUGGACUGCGCCUACUAUCUACUCUACAUACAGCUGUGUUAUGAAGGAUUUGCCCAGGAUUACAGAGAUGAGGUGGUUGAGAGGCUGAAAGACUUGAAGAAAGGCCUGGAAGAUCCUGACUUCACCAUUCUCUUCAAUACCUGCUACAACAUUGCCAUGGUGAUUGGGAAGCGCCUCCCACCGGACCAGCUGAUGAGCCUUCUGCUCAUGAUGUUUGAAGGGCUGGCGGAUCCCGAUCAGAACUGCUCUCGAGCUGCGGCUGUCAUGAUCAACGCCAUCCUGAAGGAGCGUGGAGGGGUGUUACUGGAAAAGGUGCCCGUGAUCAUGGCUCUGAUUCACAGCAAGCUGCAGGAGGUGGAUGAGGAGCACUUAAGGAAGGCCGCUCAGCAGACGGUUUACAUCCUGGCCUCCCAGCACAGGACGGCGGUGGUGUCCAGCCUGCUGGGCAGCUCCCUGCCCUUUGACAGUCACACCUGUGCCAUGUGGAAGGCGCUGGCCACGGAGCCAACCCUCACGUCUCAGAUCUUGGAGCUGCUCCUGGACAAGGUGAAUCGGGAUGUGCCGUACAAAGAGAACAAAUCCUUCCUGUUGGGGAGCACCUCUGAGCGCAUUGCCACUCCCCUCCCUCUUGCUGCCACAUGUGCUCUGCAUGAGAUCAUGUCUGCUCCGGAGUCUGGGGCAGCGGUGCUGGGGCUCUACCCGCACUUGUUUGUGGCUCUCCUGUUGCGAGUCAGCUGCACUGUGGGUGUCCAGCUACCAAAGAACCUGCAGUCCAAGGAGAGGAAGAGCGCCAGCCGGAGCCAAGGGCCCAGAAACCUGGACCCCUGCAGCUGUGCGGUGGAAGCCCUGAGCGCCAUGCUGACCCAAGGGGGCAGUGACGAGGUGGUGAAGUCCGUGGGCAGUGCGGGAGGCUGGGAGCUGAUGAAAAGCCCUGAGAGGCACCACGAUGGCAUUGCGUUGCUUGCAAGAGCGAUGGCUAAACACGCCGGCCCAAAGCUCCCUUUGAUUGCGAAGAAUCUCUUCCCGAUGCUCAACAGCGUGUAUGACAGCCAGAGGAUCACCACCACGGCCUUCGUCGCUGAGCUUCUGAACAGCAGCGUGGUGAGCGACCUGAUCCUGCUGGAGUCCAUGAUGGAUAACAUGACGGGCCGACAGAAGGACCCCUGUACGUUGGUGCGCAUGCUGGCUCUCCGGGGGCUGGGCAACAUCGCCGCUGGGUCACCGGACAAGGCCUGUAAAUUUGCUCUGCGAAUGUGUGGCCCCAACAUGGGCUGUGAGGGACUCUGUGACAUGUUCCUGAACCACCUGCACGAAGACCGCAGCCUGCAUUACGGAGAGUUCAUGAACGACGUCUGUAAGCACCUGAUGCAGAACUACCCAGAGAUGCUGAAUCGUUUGAUUUCAACCAACCUCUUCUACUUCAAAAGCAACUGGGUUGACAUUCGAGCAGCAGCGCCCAUGUUUAUCGGCUUCCUCGUUCUGCACGUGGAUGAAGAGCACUGUAAGCAGGUGGACCUGGACCAACUCCUUUGCUCUCUCAACGUGCUGCUGAAGGACCCGGCUCCCGUCGUCCGCAUGAAGGUGGCUGAGACUCUGGGCCGCCUGGUCCGGGUUGUGUGAGCAGCAGAUGGGACCUGCGGGUGCCCGGGCUCCGUGACCGCGAUCAGGUUGAUGGAUGUUCCUCCCCCCGGAGAUGCCACGUCUUCCAGUGCCCGGAACCAGUGCCUUGUGCAGCGCCACGCCUGCUGCGCCUCACUGCCCUGCCUGGAGCAGGGGCCUCGUGCGGCUUCUCCCCUAUGCAGCCUGGAGGACUCCGCCCUUCCUGGCGGCCACGGGAGGCUCCGCUGUGGCUGCUGGUUCAACCGUCACUGUCCCCGGCUCUCCGACAGCCUUUCCCGCGAUGUGCACUCACCACGGGCACUCCCUGAGCUACCACACUGGGCAAUAGGACAUGGAACUGUUCCGGGGUCAGCCCAACAUGGGAUCCACCCCCGCUGAGCGCAGCCCCUCUGGCUUGCCUGGGUCGCUGCCCUGGCACGAGAGGGGCAGGCACCAGCCCCGCUGAGGCCCCUGGUGUCAUUGCAUGUUCUAGGGCUGGUUGUCUCACACCAAUCGCUCCUAUGCAGUCACGGGGACAUGUGACUGUUACAGUCUGACUCUGGUUCGCACCGGCCUGGGCGCUGCACAGCCUGGGGUUAGAUGGGGCGCCCUGCCCUGGUGGGGUCCCUGGAUGGCCUCUGAGGACCUCCCCUCCCCUGGAUGUCCUAGGAGGGUGAGGAACCUCGGCCAUCACUGCACGUGCACCUUCCUUCCACUGUUGUUCCACGAGUGAGCCAGCGAGCUGCCCCCCGAGUCCUUGGCACUGCCCGGUGCUUCUCCCUGGGCCCCCCUGGCACAGAAGGGCCCCCGCCUGCAGCUGUGUCCGAGGGCAGCGGUGCGCGCUGAGUUCUCUGCUGGCUGAGUGGAGCUGUCCCCUCCACACGGAACGUGUAUAGAAACCAGACUGUACGUAUUUUUUAAUAAAGCUGUUUGCUUCUGGUA